GAAAAAGAUGGCCGCUUGCUACUCUCGCGAGAUCUGAAAACACUUCAGCUGAAGUCUUUAGCCGCCUGUCGCUGUGAGCCGUUGAUGUUCUUCGUGCUGUUUAGCUCACCUGAUACCACCGUAACAUGACGUUAUGGAGGAGCGAAAGCUAAAGAGAAAGAGUCCCAGGAACUCUACCACCACGGCGCCUCCAGCCGGAGGCUCUAGCCGGAAAAACAGUGCGUCUACCGGGGUACGUCAGGUCGGCUCCAGCCACAACUCCAGCCAAAAGAGCAAAAACAGGAAGGGAGCCAGGGAUAAACCCAGACACCAGGCAAGUUCAGGUGUCAAAGCGAAUCCGAACCAGGGCCAGGCAGCUCCCAGCAUCCAACACUCCUUUCUCACGGAUGUCUCAGAUGUGCAGGAGAUGGAGAAGGGCCUGCUCGGUCUCCUCAACGACUUCCACUCAGGGAAACUACAAGCAUUUGGCAACGAGUGCUCCAUUGGUCAGAUGGAGCAUGUGAGGGAGAUGCAAGAGAAGCUGGCCCGAUUACAGUUUGACCUCUAUGGCGAGGUCGAUGAAAUGCCCGAGGACCAGAGGAAAACGGCAUGUGACGCCAACAUGGACAAGUUACUCCUUAAUCUUGAGGAGCUGAGUUCUUCAAUUCAGAAGCUGAAUCUAGCCGACAGUCAAGAGAUUCCAAGGACUGCCAGCAUGUGAUUGUUUUGUUUUGCUUUUUUUUUUUCUCUCAAUCUCAUCUGCCUUAUUUUAGUUUUAUGAGACACAGAGUGGCUGCGACAGAUGAGGUGGUGAUCGAAAGUGUGUUGAUGGCAGAAAUGUCUGCCAAGCUGUUCACCAGCGUUCCCCUGUCCCGCACAGAGGCAUGAAUGUAUUGCAAGAUGGACCUACAGCUUUUCUUUGAACCCAAACACUGAGCGCUGAACACAGUGGCUGUUAUAGUUUCACAGACAUUCACGAUCGAUUAAAAGUGGCACCAGUGCUUCACUAUCUAAGCUUAUUUAAGCUGUCAUUUCUAAACUGUUGACAUUGCAAUACAUCGCAAACCAAAGUUAUAAUGACAAAAACAUCUCACUUUCUUUUGACCUCCAUCGUACAUGUUCAGCUUCACUGAAUUUAGAACCGACGGCACACUUUACGCACUCACUUGCACUUUUUCCACAUCGGCGACACAUUGCGGUUUAGUAGCAACAUGGAGUUAGCAUGGUAAUAGUUUUGUAUUGCGAUGUAGUCAUUUAAUAAGACCACGUUAUUUCUAAUGAAAUGUUCAUGUAGUGGCUUGUUGCGAUGCAAAAAAAGGUAAGUGUGUGGUAAUAAGGCGAUGAUAUUUAGGUUAUUUAUGACUGGAUGAGUUCAUGAGGAUGGAUUUCUACCUUACAGCAUGGUAAUUACAAACUUUGAUUCCAAAAAUAUAGACUAAUGAUCUUUAUCACGUCAUUAAGUAGAUAUUACGAGUAGGAGAUAGUAGAAAGAGAUAAUAUAUAAUAUGGUUAAUAACAUGGUAUCACUGUAAUAUGUCCUUAAGCAAUUUGGAGUUAUCAUGGGAAUAUUUUGGUAAUCGUUUGCAAUCAUACAGUGAUACCACGUUAUUUCCAGUGAAAUUGUCUUGUAUUGGCAUGUAGAAAUGGUAAAAGGUUUUUCAUGAAAGGAUAAAUUUCAACCUUAUAGCAUGGCAAUUACAAACACUUUAACUUAUUUAUUUAUUAUGUAAAUUAAAUUAUUCCACUGUUGGUAGCCCAUAGUGAUGAUCAUUAUCAAACUAUUAUAUAUUAUGGUUUAUUUUUGCCACACUAUUACAUUGUUAUUAUUACACUAUAACCAGUUUAUUACUUCAUAACUAACACGCUAUUACUUUUUUAUUUCCUCAUUACCACACUAUUAUGUUGUGAUUAUCAAGUUAUAACCUGGAUAUUAUUUUAGAUAGUUACCACACUUAUUACCUACCUAUGACUUAGUUAUUACUUCAGAGAUAACGUGGAGUUUGUUGUAUUAUUACCAUUUUAUUGCAUUGUAAUUAACCAAAUAUGACAUUAGAAAUAAGACUAUAUCUUGUCUAGUCUUCGAUAAUAUUGUUAUACGAGCCCAUGAUGACUAUAUUUACCAUACUAUUACUGUGUUGUUAUUGAACUUGAAUGUAAAGUGUUAAUGUUAUCUUGUCACAGGUCAAUCAGUAUCUGUAACGUCCCAAACAAACAAAAACAGAGCUUGACAUGUUCAAACAUAGAUACAGAAAUAUUGCCUUCAGUAUUCAUUCACUUUCUUCUGCAGACGAUACAUUUUUAAAAUGAUGUUAUCAACGUAGAACUUCAAACACACACGUUAUCUGUAAUAUGAUAGCUAAAAAUGACAGUAGACUCUCAACAAUAGAAUACAAUAGAAACUCAGCUCUGAAUAGAAUCCUAUUUUCUGUUAUGUGGCCUGAUUUGACCUCCAGCUCUCUGCUCAGUGUUGAACACAUUUGCACAUAAUUCACGCAGCAUGCUGCACACACACUCAUUACCUGGGGUGUGUGUCCGUUUGAUGCUGGAAAAAAAAAACUAUUUUUCCAAAUGUUGACAUCACAACCAUGCCUUAAUUAAUAUCUUCUAAUUUAAUCAUUAUUGCCUUAUUAUUAUUUUUUAAUCUAUUCUAUUUACUUUUGUGUUGAUUUUAGGUUAAAUGUAACCAUGAUGGGAAGCUUCUUUGAUUAUUUUGUCACUUCAUAUUUUAACCAGUAUUGUUGGCGGAUGUGGGAUCAUUCUGAAGUGUCUGAUUGUUUUAUUGAUUGAUUGAUUUAAUAAAUGGGUCACCUGACUCUGUUGGAGUCAGGUUAAAGUCAACAACA